GCCCUAGGGUUAGGUUGAACCUGGUUCGCGGAGGAGAAUUAGGGAAACUGGAAUUUCCCGUGGAGUUGACGGCGUUUGUUCUCUCCUCCUCGUGUUAAUUCCACGCGCUCCAAAAUAUCCGCCAUGGAGAAAUCUUGGUAAUGAUUCAAUGCCCCUCUGCGUCCCAGGAACACAUCCGACCCUUGCCCCGAGCCCUCCCCGCCGACGGGGGAGAAUUCUGGGCCAGGAUGUCCGUGGUAGCCUUCGCUGAUGCUGUCCUGCGGAGGGUCGGGGCAGGCUUCUAAGGGGGCUGUGGCAAGGAAGGGCGUGACUCAGGUUUAAUCUGCCGUCAUCGUCAUCAUGGACUUCGAGGGUCUGGACCCUGGGCUGGCAGAGUACGCCCCUGCCAUGCACUCUGCCCUGGACCCUGUGCUGGAUCCCCACCUGAACCCCAGUCUGCUGCAGAAUGUGGAGCUGGACCCCGAGGGAGUGGCUUUGGAGGCUCUUCCGGUCCAGGAAUCAGUGCACAUAAUGGAAGGUGUCUACUCUGAGUUGCACAGCGUGGUGGCGGAAGUGGGCGUGCCUGUCUCGGUCUCCCACUUUGACUUGCACGAGGAGAUGCUGUGGGCGGGAAGCCAUGGGGGCCACGCUACUUCGUUUUUCGGCCCCGCCUUGGAGCGCUAUUCCUCCUUCCAAGUCAGCGGCAGCGAUGACAUUCGGCAGAUCCAGAGCCUGGAGAACGGGGUCCUUUUCCUCACCAAGAGCAACCUCAAGUAUAUGGCUCGUGGGGGCCUCAUUAUAUUUGACUACCUGCUGGAGGAGAGCGAGGACAUGCACAGCCUCCUGCUGACGGACAGCAGCACGCUGCUCAUGGGAGGGCUGCAGAGCCACAUCCUGGAGAUUGACCUUAACACCGUCCAGGAGACUCAGAAGUAUGCAGUCGAGACACCCGGGGUCACCAUCAUGAGACAGACAAAUCGCUUCUUCUUUUGUGGCCACACAUCCGGCAAGAUUUCCCUGAGAGACCUCCGUUCCUUUAAAGUGGAGCAUGAGUUUGAUGCUUUCUCAGGGAGUCUGUCAGACUUUGAUGUGCACGGCAACCUGCUGGCCGCCUGUGGCUUCUCCAGCCGCCUCACCGGCCUUGCCUGCGACCGCUUCCUCAAAGUGUAUGACCUGCGCAUGAUGCGCGCCAUCACGCCACUCCAGGUGCACGUGGAUCCUGCCUUCCUGCGCUUCAUCCCCACGUACACUUCGCGGCUGGCCAUCAUCUCCCAGUCAGGACAGUGCCAGUUCUGUGAGCCCACGGGCCUGGCCAACCCAGCAGACAUCUUUCAUGUGAAUCCUGUGGGGCCUCUGCUGAUGACAUUUGACGUGUCAGCCAGCAAGCAGGCCCUGGCCUUUGGGGACUCUGAGGGCUGCGUUCACCUCUGGACUGACUCCCCCGAGCCUUCCUUCAACCCCUACUCCCGGGAGACCGAGUUUGCCUUGCCCUGCCUCGUGGACUCUCUGCCCGCUCUGGACUGGAGCCAGGACCUGCUGCCUCUCUCCCUCAUCCCUGUCCCACUCACCACCGACACGCUUCUCUCGGACUGGCCGGCUGCCAACUCUGUUCCAGCUCCCAGGCGAGCGCCCCCCGUGGAUGCAGAGAUUCUGCGCACCAUGAAGAAGGUGGGCUUCAUCGGCUACGCGCCCAACCCCCGGACCCGGCUGCGCAACCAGAUUCCUUACCGCCUGAAGGAGUCGGACAGUGACUUUGACAGCUUCAGCCAGGUCACCGAAUCCCCGAUAGGACGGGAAGAGGAGCCCCAUCUCCACAUGGUCUCUAAGAAAUACCGGAAGGUGACCAUCAAAUACUCCAAGCUAGGGCUGGAAGACUUCGACUUCAAGCACUACAAUAAGACCCUGUUUGCUGGGCUGGAGCCUCACAUUCCCAACGCCUACUGCAAUUGCAUGAUCCAGGUGCUCUACUUCCUGGAGCCUGUUCGCUGUCUCAUUCAGAACCAUCUUUGCCAGAAGGAGUUCUGCCUGGCAUGUGAGCUGGGGUUCCUCUUCCACAUGUUGGACCUCUCUCGGGGUGACCCUUGUCAGGGCAGCAACUUCCUGCGGGCAUUCCGUACCAUCCCCGAGGCCUCCGCCCUUGGUCUCAUCCUGGCUGACUCCGACGAAGCUUCGGGCAAGGGCAGUCUGGCCAGGCUCAUUCAGAGGUGGAACCGCUUUAUUCUCACUCAGCUACAUCAGGACAUGCAGGAGCUGGAAGUACCCCAGGCUUACCGAGGCGCCGGGGGCAGCAGCUUCUGCUCGUCGGGGGACUCUGUCAUAGGACAGCUGUUCAGCUGUGAGAUGGAGAAUUGCAGCCUUUGCCGCUGCGGCAGCGAGACCGUGCGAGCCUCGUCCACCCUGCUCUUCACACUCUCCUACCCAGAGGAUAAAUCUGGGAAGAACUGUGACUUUGCCCAGGUGCUACAGAGAAGUAUCUGCCUGGAGCAGAACACACAGGCCUGGUGUGACAACUGUGAGAAGUACCAACCCACGAUUCAGACCCGCAACAUUCGCCAUCUGCCAGAUAUUCUUGUUAUCAACUGUGAAGUGAAUAGCUUGAAAGAAGCUGAUUUCUGGAGAAUGCAGGCUGAGGUUGCCUUCAAGAUGGCAAUAAAAAAACAUGGUGGGGAAAUCUCGAAGAACAAGGAGUUUGCUUUGACUGACUGUAGGAAGGACCUGAGAAGCCCGGAGGGCAUGCUCGUGUGUCCCUCCGUUGAGGAGCUGAAGAAUGUCUGGCUGCCCUUUUCCAUUCGCAUGAAGAUGACCAAGAACAAGGGGCUGGAUGUUUGCAAUUGGACUGAUGGGGAUGAGAUUCAGUGGGGCCCGGCCAGGGCAGAGGAGGAGCAUGGUGUCUGUGUGUACGACCUGAUGGCCACCGUGGUGCACAUCCUGGACUCGCGCACAGGGGGCAGCCUGGCGGCCCACAUCAAAGUCGGUGAGACCUACCACCAGCGCAAGGAGGGGGUUACCCACCAGCAGUGGUAUCUCUUCAAUGACUUUCUUAUUGAACCCAUUGACAAGCAUGAAGCUGUGCAGUUUGACAUGGACUGGAAAGUGCCUGCGAUCCUAUAUUACGUCAAAAGGAAUCUUAAUUCCAGAUACAACCUGAACAUCAAGAACCCUAUUGAGGCCAGCGUGCUGCUGGCGGAAGCCUCCCUAGCACGGAAGCAGAGGAAAACACACACUACCUUUAUUCCACUGAUGCUGAAUGAGAUGCCGCAGGUUGGGGACCUGGUGGGCCUGGAUGCUGAAUUUGUCACCCUGAAUGAGGAGGAGGCGGAGCUGCGCAGUGACGGCACCAAGUCCACCAUCAAGCCGAGCCAGAUGUCAGUGGCGAGAAUCACCUGUGUUCGAGGCCAGGGGCCCAACGAGGGUAUCCCCUUCAUUGAUGACUACAUCUCUACCCAGGAGCAGGUGGUUGAUUACCUGACCCAGUAUUCGGGCAUAAAGCCAGGAGACCUCGAUGCCAAGAUUUCCUCUAAGCACCUUACCACUCUCAAGUCGACCUACUUAAAGCUCCGUUUUCUCAUAGACAUUGGCGUCAAGUUUGUGGGUCACGGCCUACAGAAGGACUUCAGAGUCAUCAACCUCAUGGUGCCCAAGGACCAAGUCCUUGACACUGUCUACCUGUUUCACAUGCCCCGAAAACGAAUGAUUUCCCUGCGAUUUCUUGCCUGGUACUUUCUAGACCUGAAGAUUCAGGGAGAGACCCACGACAGUAUAGAGGAUGCCCGCACAGCGCUGCAGCUCUACCGAAAGUACCUGGAGCUGAGCAAGAACGGCACUGAACUGGAGUCUUUCCACAAAGUACUCAAAGGUCUAUAUGAGAAGGGGCGGAAGAUGGACUGGAAGGUGCCUGAGCCAGAGGGCCAGACGAGCCCCAAGAAUGCAGCUGUCUUCUCCCCGGUGCUGGCGCUCUGAGCUCACCUUCCCCUGACCAGCUACUUAACUCUCCCUCAUUGUUCUGUGGCCCCAGAACUGGGAGAUGACUUUCCAGGUUGGCUAUACCCUGUCCACUUCUCAGGGUCUGCAGACGGUGCUAUUCAUAGAACUGGAAAUGCAGCAGAGCUGUGCAGAGGGUCUAAAAGCCAGACCCCUUUUUCGUGGGUCACAGAGUGGUGUGCCAGAAACAGUUUUGAGGUGACCCAGGUGGAAAGUAGUCGGUGUUCUUAAUAAAUAUGCUAGGGAAAUCAUAUCCAGAAGCUCCUGGAGUGAAAACUUACUGCCUAGUUCGUUAAGACACAACAGUAACUCAAGAUUGACCGCCAGUCUCUGCGGGGUGCCCGGAGGCAAGCUUGUGGCGCCAUCCCAGCAAACCAGUGUUGCCAACACCACCACUGCCAAAGCGACCCGCCGUCCUGGACAGGAGUGGCUGGCCUCCGCCUCCCACAGCCGGGAGGCCUCGUCUUCCAUCCACUUGCCUGUCCCAAGUUUUGUUUCCUGUUAUUUUUUAAAAUUUUUGUUUUAAACUGCAUGUUUUGUAAAAUAAAACCAA